CAUGAUGUUGACCACGCCUAUUAUACUGUAAACUAAAACUAAAAUGGAUGGUGAGGAAUGUGUUUGUGCCUGUAUUUGUGCUAUGAGGAGGUUGAUGGAGGCAAUAAAAAUGUCUCAGAAUCUUUGUACGGACACUGGUUGCCUUGAUGGAUAUCCAGCAUUGCCCCAGCCUCCAUUUUUGGAUGAAUACACGAAGCUCCUCUUACUAAUGCUACUAGCUUUCAUCCUUGCCAUUCUUCUCUUCUUGUACAGACCAAAGAGUUUAAGAUCAGGACACAAUGGGUCUUGUUAACUGCUUUAUUGAUCAUUUAUAAUGACAUACUACAUUGUACUCAUUUUAUACUCAUUUAUGCUACUUCAUUUAUCUCUGUUGACAUAAUGUACCUAAUUUUUAUUGUAAAAUGUGCUUUUGAGUCAUGGCUAAUGAGUUAACCAA